CGUGACAGGGCCGUAUAAACUGAAAAUAUAGAGCGAAGAUGAGUGAAGACACCGUGAAUUCAAAUGGUCCCAGAAUGCCCACGACAUUCUACGGGAUUAACCUGAGACAGGCUGAGGGUCUCCAAAGGCCUGAUGGUGUUCCUCUGUACUGCACCUCCAUCCAGGAGGUGCAGGCCGUCAUGAAGGCGAACAAGACGGCCCGCUUCAAGUCGUUCAGCAGCCAGGCGGAGGCGGAGGCGUUCAGUCGGCUGGCGGCGGACCCCGGCGAGGGAGCCGCCCCGCCGGCCGCACCCUCCCCGUCCGCCGCCGCCGCGGCCACCGGCGCCGGCGGGGAGAAACCUUCACCGUACAAAAAUCCCUCCAGACCGGACUUUCAGGAGUUCCGCAAGCUGGUCGAAUCCGGCGACGAGCGCGGCGUGGUGGCGGCGGUGGCGCGCAACCCGCGCUACCUGAUCAGCAGCGGCGACACGCCGGCCCUGCUGCGUGAAGGGCCGCGCCACAAUUCCCUUCAUCUGGCAGCACUGCGCGGACGGGACGCCGUGUGUAGGACGCUGCUGGAGCUGGUGGGCGACCCGCGGCUCUUUCAGAGACUGUACCCCGAUGAUGCGCCCGAGGUGGCGGCCGGCCGGUCCGAGUACAUGCUGGACCUGUACCUCAACAUGCCGACCAAGGGGACGUUCGAGACACCAUUGCACCUGGCCGCCAAACAGGGUCACCUGGAGACGGUCCGCGCGCUGGUGCAGCACCCCGCCUGCAAGCGCGACCUCACCAACAAGUUUGGAGAGACGCCCGAGCAGGUGGCCUGUCAGCAGUACUCGGGACCAGACAAGGACGGACUGCGGCGGCAGAUGGGCUUCCUGCUGCAGGAGCCCUUCUAUGUACAGGUGCUGGCUGAGGCGGACGGCUCGGGUGCGCCGGUGCUGGCUCCGCCGUGUUCGCCACAUCAGCAGCGACAGAGGGGUAGCAGCGCGCCGGGGACGCCCGGCACACCGCAGUCGCCGCUACUGAGGUCAGCCGCACCGAGCUCUGCAGACGUCCUGCCAGCUCCGAGCCGUCAGUCCGAGGGCGGCAGCCGAGGACGGUGGAUCACAUACUGUCUCAGUGUCCGUGUCACCAUGUCGGCCCUCAGCAGCCGGCUGGCGACGCUCCUGACUUUGGCCGUGCUCAUCGUGACGGCCGGCUGUGACGGUGGCCAGUCCAUCCCCCUGGAUGAAUACGUACAUCAGUUGGUGCGUGAUGAGCUACAGUCCAUCGUCAGCACGCUGCAGUCAGGAACGGAACGUCUGGAGAACAGGCUGGAGUCUAAGAUGGAGGCUCUGGAGCGCAGAAUGGAGGAGCUGACCGGCCGACUGGACGGCCAGCAGACUCAGCUGGACGAGGUCAUCACACAGCUGAACAGCCGAAAAUCUCAGCAGGACGAGACGACAGUCACAGUGAACGACCACACAGAACGACUGAGUGAUAUCGUCAUCAACAUGGAAAAACAC